UCAACAACUGAAGAAGAAGUGGGAAGGAAGAAAAGUGGUCUGCUGGCAAGUUUUGUUUUGUUUUGGUAUCGGCCUUCCACUCCACAGGAUUGAAGGCUCGAAACGGUCAGUGUGCGUCGAGUCCCUCAGAUUUACGGAGUGGGAGUCAAGAGCACUGUCCUAGCAGCUGCAGCAGGGACUAAAAUGGGUGCUCCCAGAGAGGGCAUCCUUAGCGAGGAGCCGCUCUACGACCCCAAGAUCCUGGAGCGACUCGACUUCUCCAAGGCCCGCACCAAGUUCAGCACCCCCGUCUCCGCGGCGAGGCCCGGGGAAGGGCUGAGGGUGCGGCCCCUCCGGCGGGCCGACUACCGACGGGGAUUCCUGCAGCUGCUUUCUCAAUUGACUUCUGUUGGAGAUGUGUCAGAGGAGCAAUUUUUAAAACGCUUUGAUGCGAUGCAAGCGUGUCCCAACACUUACUAUGUGACAGUUAUUGAGGAUACAACUAACGGUCAGGUGAUUGGGGCAUCUACUCUUGUUAUUGAACAGAAAUUCAUCCACGGAUGCAAUGUGCGUGGCAGACUGGAGGAUGUUGUUGUAAACAACACUUACCGAGGGAAACAACUUGGUAAACUAAUUAUUACAACUGUAACAUUGUUGGCAGAGGAACUUAAGUGCUACAAGAUGACCCUUGACUGCAAAGACAAGCUUGUACCAUUUUAUUCAUCUUUGGGUUAUUCUAUUGAGAAGGGAAACUCCAACUACAUGCAAAUACGGUUUGAUGAGGCUCCCUCCUGACUAGCGGCCAACCUCAGGCGCUCCCACUUGUGAGCGUCUGCAGGUCCUCGGAAGAUUUUUUUAGGUUUAAUUUUGUAAACUUCGUUUACCAUGAAUGAACGGCUAUUUAGUUCACCACAAUUUUAAUAACUCGUGAAAAGUACUUAGUAUUUUUUGCCAUUGAUUAUAGUGAUUGUGCUAUGAUUGGCAAGAAUGUGAUGUAACCAUUAAUUUGAUGAUGAGUUAGUGUUAACUAAGUUAUUACAUUUGUGUUAUUUUAAAUUUAAUAUUUUUUUCUUCAAAUGUACAGUGCGUUAGAGCAUAUUUUUUGGUAAAGGGUAAUUUGUAACUAAUUUUAAAGAGAAUUUAAUGAAUCUGAGUAGCCUAAAAGACAAGUAGGUAUGUUAAUUGUAUCGGGUGUGAAGGGAUGUAAUUAGUUCCAGGUAAUGAUUUUUAACUGAAACAUGACUGUAAAAAGUUUUCUUUGAAAUCAAAUACUUACUCAUUUCAAUAAAAGUGAAAUUAAAUUUAAAUAAGUAGAAUAUUGUACACCA